AUGGAGCACCCAGAGAGGCAGCUGAUCCCGAAGUGGGCUCCGGAGCUGGUCGCCCUCUCGUACUGCAUCUCCUGGCUGGGUGCAUACACGAGCACCCAGAUCGUCAUUCACGCCAAGUACACCAAAAGGCUCGUCGUCCGUUCCAUGUGGACCCUCCUUGCCAGCCUUGCCUUUGGUCUCUGCGCCAUCUGGUCCAUGCAUUUUGUUGGUAUGCUUGCGUGCGGUCUCGAUGUGCGCGUUGCCUUCGACCUCAAGCUUACUAUUCUUUCCGCCGUGGUCGCUGUUGUGUUCACUUUUGCUGCACUCUUCAGCGCAUAUACUAACGAGAUUGUCGAGAAGUCCGUGCCCCUCUCCCGCAUUCUGGCUAUUCUUCAGUCAUUACAGGCACGUGCCAUCUCUUCGCUCACGUUUAGUAACAGGGUAGACCCAGACUCGGGCUACCAAGCAUUGUCCGGGACGGAACCCCACGAGGAGGAACGGCGGAGCGGCGCGUCGAUCGAGAGGCCAGACGAUGUUGAGUCUACCGCAGCGGCAGAACCCACUGUCGAUGACGCGUGCGACGAGGCUGACGACGAGAAUGAGGCUGUCUUGGACCCUCCACGAGAUCACACGCGCACGUCGCCCGCCGAACAGCUGCCACCGGUGCAUCCCACGCGCGGCCGCACGCGUAGGGUCUCUCUAUAUGCCAUCGGUCACAGCAGGACCGUCCGCACCCCGCCACCCGUGCGGCAGCGCUCGCUCCCACCCCUGGGCCCAGUCUCGGAGGACUCCAACUCAGCGAGCACCACCGGUUCGACGCUGUCCAGCUCGUCCUCUUCCGGGCGCGCGCGGCGCAUGCGCUCAGGCACCGGCUCCGGAAGCGACUCGUCAGGCACGACACUCACAUCUACGUCAUGGGCCGAAUCGAUGCAUGUAGGGUUGAGCCGCGAGACCCGGAUGCGCAUCAAAGCUCGCGCUCGCGAGCAGCCACUACCCACGUUUGGCUGGAAAUACUGGAUUAUGCGUUACUAUGCCACGAUGACCGUGCUUCUGUUCCUACGUGCUGUGAUAUGGAGCAUGGCCCUUGUGCUCAUGCACUAUUGCGGUAUGUGGGCGAUGGACAUCCCCGGCGGACGGAUAUCGUGGGAUCUGGGGAUCGUCGUUCUGUCGUAUAUCGUUGCCUUUAUAGCCUGCUUGGUGGCGUGCACGACCAUGGAGCACAUGGAGGUGCACUUCGGCCGCCAAGUGGCAUUCAGCACCCUCGCUUCCCUUGGCGUUUGUUCUAUGCACUAUACAGGCAUGGCCGCCGUGACAUUCUACACGUACAUGCCGCCCGCCCCGGAAAACGCAGGCUACCCCACCUACCUUCCAGUGACGAUCAUCUGCGUGGCGGUGUUCGUGUGCGUCGUGUCAAACGUGGUGCUCGCACACAGCGCCAUCACAGCGCGAAAUCGCAUGGCGGAGAUGAUCCUUACGAAGCGUCGCCUCUGGCGCAUCAUGGCGGAGAAGGAGGCUGCAGAGCAGGCAAUCGACCUCAGGCAGCAGUUCAUCUCGGUUGCAAGCCAUGAGAUUCGGACGCCGCUCCAUACCGUCAAUGGCUACUGUGAGCUGUUAGCCCGUACAGACCUUACGGAUGAACAGACGCUGUAUGUCUCGAGUGUACAGCAGGCUUGCCAUGCGAUUAACGUUGUUGCUGGGAAUGUUCUUGACUUCAGCAAGUUGGAUCGCGAAAAUUCCGAGCUAUCUGCCCGACCGGUCCUAAUGUAUAUUCGGAAAAUGGUAGAGGACCUGGCGAAAAUCACCAAUGCGAAGGGAAUCCAGCUCGGUGAACAGGGCGUAGAUGUCAUCAUGUCUGUCUCGAGCGACGUCCCAAAGGCUAUCUACCUAGAUGAGACAUACACUUUCCGCGUGUUCAUGAAUCUCCUCUCAAAUGCUCAGAAGUUCUGUGAUCAGGGAUACAUCUGUGUUGCAGUGUCCAUGGGUGUGCCCGAUCAGCUCCUUAUCCACGUGAGCGACACGGGCUGUGGUAUACCCAAAAGUUUCCGAGCAGAGCUCUUCCAGCCGUUCACUCAGGCAGAUACCUCACUCACACGGCCGAGACAGGGCACGGGUCUGGGGCUGAAUAUAGUCAAGCACCUUGUGCAGCGUAUGAACGGAUCCAUCGACGUAGAGUCCACGGAGGGCGAAGGGACGACGUUCAUCGUGAAACUGCCCAUCACGCCGCACACGCCGACGCAUUCCGAGUCUCCACCCUCUGGUGCAGCGGAGCUCCCCGCCGCGCUGCCCAGACGGCUGAGGGUUGUCAACCAUGACGGGCGCACGCAGGACCUGCUCGUUCAUCUGUGGAUGCAGCAUGGGUUCGUGGUCACCGCGGGCGUCGAGGAGACGUCGGUGCAGGAGCUGGUGCGGGACGUGGACGCGGUGUGGACGGAUUUAGAGAGUGCCGCAGGAUCGCCGGUGCUCCGGGAGCUGAUGCACACCGUGAUGGCGAGGACGUUCCCCGUGUAUGUGCUGUACACGGACUCGCACGAGCUCAGCGCUCUCGAGCCUGAGCUGUCCGAGGCGCGCAACGUCGUGCUCGUGAAGCGCCCGCUGGUCAUGCACACGGUGUUAGGGAUGAUGGCUAAUCCGCAGGCGCACAUGGGUACGCAUGUGCUGCAGGACGCGCAGAAGGUCCGCUUUGCGAUACCGGUGGACCACCUUGUGGCGGAGGCGCGGUCGAAGGAGAAGUUUAGAGAACGGGGCGGGGAUGUGCCGCUGGACGAGCUGGUUGUAGAGAUGAGCGAGAAGGAGAAGAUCCUUCUGGUUGAAGACAACGUGAUCAACCAGAAGCUCGGACGCCGUGUGCUGGAAAGGUUAGGGUACGAAGUGGUCGCAGCCAAUGACGGCAAGCAGGCGAUUGAGGCUGCUAGGCGGACACUCUUCUUCUGCUGUCUCAUGGACUGCCAGAUGCCAGUGCUUGAUGGCUUCGCGGCCACCCGUCGUAUUCGUGACCUGGAAGCGGAGGGGGUGCUCCCUGGACGCGUGCCGAUUAUUGCGCUCACGGCGAACGUGACGCCUGACGGUGAAGUCCAGUGCCGGCAGGCGGGGAUGGACCACUUCUUGCCUAAGCCAUUGAAAAUGGACGAUCUUGACGCUGCACUGAAGAAAUUCGGACGUAGUCUGCCACACCGCUGA